GAGAUGGGGGGGUAGAUGGUGUGGCUGCAGGUCAUGAGUAUUUAUGUGCUGUUUGAGCCUGAAGGGGUUGCCUGCUGGUGGUUCCGAUUGCCAGUGGCUUUAGAUAAAGUGACGGAGCUGAACGAGCCCCUGUCCAACGAAGAGAGGAACCUGCUGUCCGUGGCCUACAAGAACGUGGUGGGGGCACGGCGCUCCUCCUGGAGAGUAAUCAGCAGCAUCGAGCAGAAGACCUCUGCCGAUGGGAACGAGAAGAAGAUCGAGAUGGUCCGUGCCUACCGCGAGAAGAUCGAGAAGGAGUUGGAAGCAGUGUGCCAGGAUGUGCUGAGCCUGCUGGACAACUACCUGAUCAAGAACUGCAGCGAGACGCAGUACGAGAGCAAAGUCUUCUACCUGAAGAUGAAAGGGGACUAUUACCGCUACCUGGCCGAGGUGGCCACCGGGGAGAAGAGGGCGACCGUGGUGGAGUCCUCGGAGAAGGCCUAUAGCGAAGCCCAUGAGAUCAGCAAGGAGCACAUGCAGCCCACCCACCCCAUCCGGCUCGGGCUGGCGCUUAACUACUCCGUUUUCUACUACGAGAUCCAGAACGCGCCGGAGCAGGCCUGUCACCUGGCCAAGACGGCCUUCGACGACGCCAUUGCCGAGCUGGACACCCUCAACGAGGACUCCUACAAGGACUCAACGCUCAUCAUGCAGCUCCUCCGCGACAACCUAACGCUCUGGACGAGCGAUCAGCAAGACGACGACGGCGGAGAAGGCAACAACUAGACCCCCCCGAUGGACUGGCAGCCGCACGCUGAUGCUAACUACUGCAGUCUUUAUUUUUUUCCCACGAGUGGGGGGGGGUCAGGGGUGGGGGAGGGAAAGGGAGGGGACACCUUCCCAGGGAGGCCCCCCACAACCUGUCUUUGAUUGCCUCGUUGACAUUUUUGCCAAAACACCACUAGUGGAAGUCAGGCUGGCUGUGCUGGUAUGGAAUAGCAGCCUCACUGGCAUAUGGACUGUUCUGUAGAUUAUUAAUACAAGUGGAGCUGUCUUUAAUUUAACUUUAUUGCUAGAAAUAAAAGGGUUUUAAGACGAAUUUGCGUGGAUGGAAUGGCCCUCGUUUUUAAGGAAAGCAACGCAAAAACAUUAAAAAAAAAAAAAGACAAAAACUAAACAAA